UGCUGAGAUUGCGGGUGAAGUUUUCAUCCUUAGUUCAUUCUCGAGUGUAGAUCUGUGGUGAUCGGUUUCGGUUUCGGAUUCGGAUUCGGGUUCGGAUCGUACCGCCCCAAUCUUUUGGAAUUUUCUUUCCGAUUGUCUUGGAAAAUAUCUUCUUCGCCGCGUGCCCAGAGUGUGUUGGAGUGUGUAUCUGUGUGUGUGCCUGUGUUGUGGAGUUUAAAAAAAGAAGUCGAAAAGUGUUUGCUGCAUCAACAGAAACAAAAAAGCAAAAUAAAACACGUUGUGUGUUUGUUGUUUUGUCUGUAUAACAGAAAAAUAAAUUUUUGGGAAGACCCUCUAGUUAGCGGCCAGGGAAACUAUCUUUAACCGAUCAAAACAAUCCGCUUUGGGAUUACCAGAAAACAUGAACGAAAUAGGUCUAUAAAGUGGACGAAGAAUCAGGGGCAGGAGCAGAGUGGUUAAAUUCAAUAAGGAAGGAUCACGUGGCUGGAGGCAGUCCCAACAGAGGUCCCAACAGAAACAGAAACCAAAACCGAAACAGAAGCAGCAACGAACGAAAGAAGAGCAACUGAUUAAAGCUCCGGCCGGAAGUCCCCGAGUGUGGAACACUUGGAACGCGACCCCAACAACCCGAGAGAAAGAGCGAGCAAGAUGUUGGAGCUGCGGCUUAUCGCCGUGGUCUUUGUGCUCGGCCUGCUCGCCAGCGAUCUGGGAUCGGCGGAACCGCAACGCCAGCCCCAGCACGGCAGGCGGGAUCGACCGAGAAAUCCGCCCCGGCAGUACAUCAAAACGCAUCCCUGCGAGCGGUCCUCCUGCUACCCGGCAACGGGUAAUCUGCUGAUUGGCAGAGAAAACCGCCUGACGGCCAGUUCCACCUGCGGUCUGCAAUCCCCGGAGCGGUUCUGUAUCCUCUCCCAUCUGCAGGACAAGAAGUGCUUCCUGUGCGACACGCGCGAGGUGACGCGAAACGAUCCGUACAAGAACCAUCGCAUCGGCCAGAUCAUCUACAAAACCAAGCCGGGCACCAACCUGCCCACCUGGUGGCAGUCGGAGAACGGCCGGGAGAAUGCCACCAUUCAACUGGACCUGGAGGCAGAGUUCCACUUCACCCAUUUGAUCAUCACGUUCACCACCUUCCGACCGGCGGCCAUGUACAUCGAGAGGUCCUUUGAUUUCGGCAAGACGUGGCACGUCUACCGGUACUUCGCCUACGACUGUAAGGAAUCCUUCCCGGGAGUGUCCACUGUUUUGCACAACAUCACCGAUGUGAUGUGUACCUCGCGGUAUUCGAAUGUGGAGCCCUCGCGGAACGGUGAGGUGAUCUUCAGGGUGCUGCCGCCGAACAUCAAUGUCUCGGAUCCGUAUGCGGAGCACGUGCAGAACCAACUGAAGAUGACCAAUCUGAGGAUUCAGCUGACCAAGCUGCACAAGCUGGGCGACAAUCUGUUGGACAACCGACUGGAGAACGAGGAGAAGUACUACUAUGGCAUCUCCAACAUGGUGGUGAGAGGAUCCUGCUCGUGCUACGGCCAUGCCUCCCAGUGCCUGCCGCUGGAUCCGCACUUCAAUCCCGCGGACAACGAGGACGGCAUGGUGCACGGACGCUGCGAGUGCACCCACAACACCCAGGGCCUGAACUGCGACACCUGCGAGGACUUCUUCAACGACCUGCCCUGGAAGCCGGCCUUCGGAAAGCAGACGAACGCCUGCAAGAAGUGCGAGUGCAACGACCACGCCGUCAGCUGUCACUUCGACGAGGCCGUGUUCGCCGCCUCCGGCAAUGUGUCCGGCGGAGUGUGCGACAACUGCAUGCACAACACCCAGGGCCAGCACUGCGAGGAGUGCAAGCCGUUCUUCUACCGCGACCCCGAGCAGGACAUCCGAUCGGAGUUCGCCUGCCAGCACUGCGACUGUGAUCCUCGCGGCUCCCUGGACGAGGGUAUCUGCGAUUCGGUGAAUGACCCGGAGAACGGUGCCAUUGCCGGAGCCUGCCACUGCAAGCCCUUCGUGACGGGACGUCGGUGCGAUCUCUGCAAGGACGGAUACUGGAACCUUCAGCCGGACAACCCCGAGGGCUGUGAGUCCUGCACCUGCAACACCCUGGGCACGGUCAACAACUCCGGCUGCGUGAUGCACACGGGUGAGUGCAAGUGCAAGCGAUUCGUCACCGGCAAGGAUUGCAACCAGUGUAUGCCCGAAACCUAUGGCCUAUCCGACUCGGAGGAGGGAUGCUCGCUGUGUAACUGCGAUGCCGGUGGCUCGUACGAUCACUUCUGCGAUGUGGUCACCGGACAGUGUCGCUGCCGUCCCCACAUGACCGGACGCACUUGCUCGCAGCCCAAGCAGAACUACUUUAUUCCCUUGCUGACGGAAGUGCACGAGGCGGAGGUCAUCGAUGAGUGUAUUUCCUACGGUCCCAAUGGUAACUGCAGCCUGGUCGCCGAGACUCCGGAUGGCAGCUUCACCGGCAUUGGUUUCACCAGGGUGCCCGAGAACACGGAGGUCGUCUUCUCGGUUGGGGACAUUCCCCGCUCGAUGCCCUACGACGUGGUGAUCCGCUACCAGAGCACUUCCCGCGGCGAUUGGGAGGAUGCGUUCAUUACGCUGGUCAGGCCAGAUCAAAUCGAUCCGGACGGAGAGUGCGGAGAUGUAGCGGCGGCUCAUGCUGCGCCAGAAUCCCGGAUACCCUUCUCGCUGCCCGAUCGCAGUCGCCAGGUGGUGGCCCUGAACGAUGUCUGCCUGGAGGCCGGCAAAGUGUACAAGUUCCGGAUUCACUUCGAGCGGAAGCGCCACAACGAGGACAGUCCCACGGCCACGAUCCUGAUCGAUUCCCUGACCCUGAUCCCCCGCAUUGAGGUUACGCCGAUCUUUACGGGAUCCCCGAUGGCCGAUCUCCGCCGGAAGGACUACGAUCGGUACAACUGCAAUGUCUCGCUGUAUGACAUCAACUACAAGGCGCCGCCAGAGUGCCAGUACCUGGACAACUACGUCAGCACCUAUGUCCACGACGGAGCCAGUAUGUGCAACUGCAACCCCACGGGAUCGCUGAGCAAGGAGUGCGACUCCCACGGAGGCUACUGCCAGUGCAAGCAGAAUGUGGUGGGCCGCCAGUGCGACCAAUGUGCCCCGGGCACCUACGGCUUUGGACCGGAGGGAUGCAAGGCCUGCGACUGCAACAGCAUCGGAUCGAAGGACAAUCACUGCGACCUCAUCACCGGCCAGUGCCAGUGCGUGCCGAAUACCUACGGCCGGGAGUGCAACCAAUGCCAGCCGGGCUUCUGGAACUUCCCUGAUUGCCGGGCUUGCCAGUGCAACGGACAUGCUGCCCAGUGUGAUCCCAUUACGGGUACAUGCUUGGAGUGCCAGGACUUCACCGCGGGCUACAGCUGCGACAGCUGCUUGGAAGGAUACUACGGAAACCCUCUGCUGGGAAGUGAGAUCGGAUGCCGAGCCUGCCGCUGCCCGGAGACGGUGGCCAGUGGACUGGCUCACGCCGAUGGCUGCUCCCUGGAUACUCGCAACAACAACAUGGUCUGCCACUGCCAGGAGGGAUAUGCCGGCUCUCGGUGCGAGAUCUGCGCCGAUAACUUCUUCGGCCAGACGGAGAACGGAGGCACCUGCUCCAAAUGCGACUGCAGCAACAACAUCGACCAAUACGACACUGGAAACUGUGAUCGCCAGACUGGAGCUUGUCUGAAGUGCUUGUACCAGACCACGGGCGAUCACUGCGAGCUCUGCAAGGAUGGCUUCUUCGGCGAUGCCCUCCUGCAGAACUGCCAGCAGUGUGACUGCGACUUCCUUGGAACGAACAACACCAUUGCGCACUGUGAUCGGUUCACGGGCCAGUGCCCCUGCCUACCGAAUGUCCAGGGCCUGCGGUGCGACCAGUGCGAAGUGAACCACUGGAAGAUUGCCUCCGGGGAGGGCUGCGAGUCCUGCAACUGCGACCCCAUUGGAGCCCUGCACGAGCAGUGCAACUCGUACACCGGCCAGUGCCAGUGCAAGCCCGGAUUUGGAGGAAGGGCGUGCAACCAGUGCGAAGCCCGCUACUGGGGCAAUCCCAACGAGAAGUGCCAGCCCUGCGAGUGCGAUCAGUUCGGCGCUGCAGACUUCCAGUGCGACCGGGAGACGGGUCAGUGCGUCUGCCACGAGGGAAUCGGAGGCUACAAGUGCAACGAGUGCGCCCGCGGCUACAUCGGACAAUUCCCUCACUGCUCGCCGUGCGGUGAGUGCUUCACCAACUGGGACUUGAUCCUGAACGCCCUGGAGGAGUCGACAACAGCCACCAUCCAGAGGGCCAAGGAGAUCAAGCAGGUGGGCGCCACUGGAGCGUACACAGCCGAGUUCAGCGAACUGGACAAGAAGCUGCAGCACAUCCGGGAUCUUCUACAGAAUACUUCCGUCAGUUUGGUGGACAUCGACAAGUUGGAUGCGGAAACGAAGAUUUUGAAGGAUCAGCUGCUGGCCUCCCACGGCCGGUUGAGCGAAACCGAGAGAAAUCUGGACGAUAUCUACAAUUCCCUGAGCUUGUCCGGCGUGGAACUGGAGGGCUUGCAGAACCACUCACUAUUGGUGCAGAAACUGUCCAAGGAGCUGAGAGAGAACGGCAUUCAGUUGCAGGAAUCGAACAUUGACGGAGCUCUGAACCUCACCCGACACGCCUACGAAAAGGUCAGCAACCUGGCCACCCUCAAGAAUGAAGCCAACGAGCUGGCCUCCAAUACAGACCGCAACUGCAAGCGGGUAGAGGUCUUGUCGAACAAGAUCCACGACGAGGCCGAGGGAUUGAUCAACAAUGACAACAUGAUUGCCGAAUACCGCAGGGACCUGACCAGUCUGACCGCCCAGAUUCCGGAACUCAACAACCAGGUGUGCGGCAAGGCAGGUGAUCCAUGCGACAGUCUGUGCGGUGGAGCCGGUUGCGGCCACUGCGGCGGCUUCCUGUCCUGCGAGCACGGCGCCACGACCCAUGCCGAGGAGGCCCUCAAAGUGGCCAAGGACGCCGAGAAGGCCAUAACGAGCAAGAAGGAUCAGGCCGACCAAACGAUCCGCGCCCUGACCCAGGCGAAACUGAACGCCUCAGAGGCCUACGAAAAGGCCAAGCGGGGCUUCGAGCAAUCCGAACGCUAUCUGAACCAAACGAACGCCAACCUGAAGCAGGCCGCCGAGCUGAUUACGGCCAUUGAGAACUUCCAGGAGAACAAAACCGCUGCCCCGGCGGAGAGCAAGAAAUUAGCCGAGGAUACUCUUAGCCUGGACCUCAAGCUGGAGCCCAAGGAGAUCGAGUCGCUUGGAACCAAAAUCAACGAUGCUGUGGCCUCGCUGAAAAACGUGGAGUCGAUCAUCUACAAGACUCGUCCCCAUCUGGACAGGGUCAACCACCUACAGAGCACUGCCAAUGCCACCAAGGAAACUGCCAACCAAAUCCUCGACUCUGCCAACACUGUGGUGGAGAAUCUAGAGGCUGCCGACGAGUCCCAGAGCAAGGCCCAGGACGCCAUACAGCAGGCCAACAGCAAUAUUGAGCUGGCUGCCAAGGAUCUCGAGAAGAUCGAUGAGGAGACGAAUGCUGCCGAGGCUCCGGCCAAUAAUACGGCCCAGCAAGUCGAGGAAUUGGCCAAGAAACUGCAGCGUCUGCAGAACAACAUUGUCAAGAACGAUCGGGAUGCCAAGGAGAUCACCAAGGAGGCGGCCAACGUCAAGUUGGAGGCCAUGCGGGCGGCGGGUGAGGCCAACAACCUGCAAUCGGCCACCAGUGCCACCAACCAGACCCUGACCGAUCGGGCCAGUCGCUCGGAGAAUGCCCGGGAGCGGGCAAAGCAACUGCUCACGAGGGCCUCCAAGCUAACAGUCGACACGAAUGCCAAGCUGAGGGAUCUAAACGAGCUUCAGAUGGUGUACCAGAACAAGAACCAGGAGCUGCUCGACCUCCAGGCUGAGAUCGGCCCACUAAGCGGUCAGCUCAACGAAUACUUGCAAUACAUCCAGGAGAAGGUCCAGCACUACAAGCAGUGCUAGUGAAAUAUUUCUCUGCGAGGCCAUUUUUCAAUUGCCAUAUUCAUGAACAAAUAAGCGAAAUUGCGAAUAACAAAAAUCGAGUUAAAAAGCAAUAAUAAAAAAAUACAAUUACAAAGGCAACAGUUAUUAUGUAACCACUGUUAAGUUACCGUUACGUUUUGUACUCUAAGCGAAAACCAACACUGCAAUGUUAAUUUUAAAAAUUGAUCAAAUGAAAUUAAAUGCCUUCAUUUUUGAUGUGUACACACUGAGCUAAGUUUUCUUACACUAUCCCUAUAUCAUUUUGUAAUACAAUUAAUGUAAUUAAAUAAAACUACUUAAAUGUGAGAAUAA